AUGUCUAUGAGAUUAUCUGAGCAAAUCAGCGAACAUGAUGCAGGGAUUGAACUGGAUCGUAUGAAGGCAGCUAUUGAAAGCUAUGCCCAACAACUGGAGGACAUUGACAAUGCUAUUCAAACUAUUCAGGAUGAGAACCAGAAGGACGAGGUUUCGCGUCAAAUCGUUGACUACCAAACGGCGUAUGAACGCAAUCCCGCGAGUAUCCCAGCAGAGGACGCGUUAGACACUAUCACUCGUUUGCAAAACACACUCAAAAUUGUGAAACGCCGUAAUCACCUUCUUGCAAGAGAGAAUACUACACAGCAGAAGUUUUUGCAGGAUCGCUCCAAGUUUCUGCUACGUGAGACAGAUGCCUACAAUACCAUGGUGGACAAGACAGGAUGGCACGAGCAGUACAUGGUGGAUCAUGAUGAUGUUCAGCAAAAGGGAGAGGAUGUCAAGGUGAUGGCGGAUCUCGAGGCGAAGGUGCGGCGGGAACUGCGGGCCGCGCAGUCUAUCAUCAAAAAGAAGGAGGCGCUCGUUGUUGGGCUCGAGGCGCAGGUGGAGCGUGGAGAGGAGAUAGACACCACGUUGAAUAUGAUCUUUAAUGAUAUCCGUGUGAAGGAACGUGAUGCACGCGAGUUGGAGAUUCAACUUGAACGACUUCGCAAAGACGACAAACGCUACGAUGAUGCUCUCACGGUAUUUGAAUCGCAACAGCAGAAUGCAUCACUGGCGUGUGUUGAGACCGAUCGUGAUUUCUUAAAGGAUGCCGUUCUGGAAAUGAAGGCCGUUUGUCGCCGACAGGAUAACGUCAUGCGGGCACAAAUGACACGUCAGCAGCAACUUCAUGCACGUCUUGACACCAUCUUUAAGUCUCUCCGUGAAAUGAGACUAGAGGAGGAGUUCAAACGCAACGUUCCAAAAUCCGCUCUGGUGCCUUCUGCCUGUCGUGAGGAGCCUGAAGACGUUUCUAAGAUUCUUCCUGAAGAGGAAUUUAUUCCCAUUCACACGUAUCGUCUUAUUCACAAAAACAAUGAGACGAUGCGCACCAAUGUGGCACGAAAGAACAUGCUGGUGUUAGAGAAGGAGGGAGUUAUUCAAGCGCUAGACGCAACUCUAGCAAAGUACGCAGACGCACUAAACAUGACGUCAAAACAACAAGAAGAACUGAAACAUAACAAGGAGCUUGAGAUGGACGAGCUCACAACAGAACUUCAGGAACAACAUCAAAACUAUCUGCGACAACUUGAACAACUAAUGCAGGAGAACGUGGAACUCAAGAAGAAGCUGAACCGAUCGGCCCCUGCGAUUUCGGCAAUCAAAAAUUACUAG